AUGCAGGCGCACAACACGUCUGCUUUGCGGCCAACACGUCUGCUGCGCAAACGUUCUGCUGCGAACAACACGCUGCUGAGACAACACGCCUGCUCCAACAACACGCCUGCUGGCAAACAACACGUUGCAGCAAACACACGUCUGCUGCAAACAAAGUCUGCUGGCAACACCACGUGGCGGCAACAACACGUCUGUCAGCAACAACCGCCUGCUGCAACAAACCACCGCCUGCCUGCAAGACACCACGUCUGCCUGCGACAAACACGUCUGCUGCAUACCAGAACGUCUGCUGCACACACGUCUGCAAACCAAAAGUCUGCUUGCAACAACACGUCGGCGUAA